CCGAGUGGUGCGGACGCAGGGCGCGGAGGUGCCGCCCUGCCCCCAGACCCGGCAUGUUGCCCUGGUACCCCCGGCGGUGGAGCGAGGGCGAGGAGCAGGCGCCCGAGGAACAAGGCCUUUCGGCAGGCAGCGACCCUGGCGAGGCCUGGGACUCUGGAGAGGAAUCCCUGGGGGAGCCGGGAACACCCCCACAGAACAGUCCUCAGCUCAGGUCCCGAAGGCCUUCCUGGACCCAGCAAGAACAGCUGCUGUCAUGGCCUCCCCCAGGCUUGGCUGCCCAGCAACCCCCUGGAACCACAGUUCCUGUCUCCCCACAAAUGACCUGGGAGUUGGCUCCACCAAGGAUGACCCUGCUGGCACCAUGGGACCCCAACUAUGAGGCUAAAGCAGGACCUCACCUAGUGUGGGGGCCCAGCUGUGCGUCUGGAGCCUCCUUCUCAGGCCGGACCCUGUGUCAUCCUUCAUUCUGGCCGCUGUAUGAGGCAGCUUCAAGCAGGGGCCUCAGGCCUGGUCUAGCAGGACAUCAGAGUGGAGAGCAGGUGCCCAGGGAUGCAGGGCUCCCAGUGAUGUGCUGUGAAGAUGUCUUUCUUUCAGACCCACUGCUGCCUUGUGGGCAGCGUGUUCCCCUGUACCUGUCUGAGGCCUCUCACCAGGUCAUGGGCUGUCUGAAGCUGCUGCUCCCACCCCCGAUCAUGUCCCCCUGGGUCCUCCCCACUCCAUCCUCUGGCUGCUGCACCACCUGGCUCAGUGGGCCUGAGCUGAUAGCCCUCACCGGCCUCCUGCAGAUGAGCCAGGGAGAGCCGAGACCCAGCUCAUCCAAGGCUCCCACGCCCCCUGCUGGCCCCCUAGCCCCUAUCUUUGACCACCCAGGCACCAGUGGUGGCUGGAGCUGUUCUCACUGCACUGACCCAUCUCUCCCAGGGGCCUCAGACACCCAUUGUCCAUAGCCUCUCUGGAGGCAGGAUGGGCCCCCUUACUUUCCUAGGCAGUUCUGUUGACAAUAAAAGUGUUGGUUUGCAAACCG